UCCUUCUCCUCUAUUCCUCUCUUCUUCCUCAUUCCCUUCUCUCCUCUUCUUUUUCCUCCUUCCCUUUCCUUCUCUUCUCUUCUCUUCCUCGGUUUGAGAGGGAUACGGAAAGAGAGAUGGGUGGGUGUGCGAGCAAGCCGAAGGAGUUGAAGGAGGAGGCAGAUGCUCCUUUGGCCAUCAAUGAGCCAAAGAACAAGGUUGGCGAUAUUGGAGAGAAGGAAGGGGAGGAGGUUGUGCAAGAAAGUGGCAACCAAUCCCUCGGCCUAUUAUUGAAGGAGAUGGAAGCCAAAGAGGAAGACCAACAUAAGAGAGAGCAGGUUGUAGAGAAAUGGGAAACUAAAAUGACAACUGUGACAGAGGAGGAAUCAACUUCCAAUCCGAAGGACUCAACUCCAACUGCUAAGGAAGAAAGCAAGGAUUCAGGUGUUUAUGCCAGCUCUGGUGAAUCAGUUGUCUUAGAGGAGAGUGGAUUGCCGAUCUAUUCUUCGGUGAAGGUCUUUUUCUGAAUAGGAGUCUUCUUCAUAGAAGUUCAAAAUUUGAGAGAUGGAUGUUAAGGGCUUAUGUGUCAAAAUGAAGAAAUUGUCUUAAUUUAUAUUCUACUUUCUUGUGUCUUUUGUGAUUCUUAAAGCUUUGGAGUUAUGCUAUCUUUAAGUCUAUUUUCUUUC